GGAGGCUGUGCAGCUUUCAGCACAGGGCGUAUCCGAGCUCUGGGAAUCAGGAAACACGUUCAUUCGUGUGACAAAUCCCUCCUUCACUUUAGUUUGACCAGUGCUGGUGGCGACCAGACUUCCAACGGCCGCUUGGCAAAAACAUCCUCCCCUCCAGACCGCUGGCCAGCUGCGGUCCUGUCCAUCCAUGGCCAAUUCAAGCGCCGUUACUGUUGGUCAGACUACAAUUACUGAAAAAGGUGAAGGUGGAGCAAGCGGGACGAACCCUGACUAUACCGCCUUUGUGCUGGUGCCGGUUUUCUUCCUUCUGGGCCUGCUGGGGGUGGUGAUCUGCCAUGUGUUGAAGAGGAAGGGCUACCGAUGCACCACCGCCCAGGAUGAUGAGGAGGAGGAGUGCGUGGAAGACGAAGACAAGGAUCCUGAGCUGGGAGGAGAGAUGAAUGACACCAUGAGUGACAACAAUGACACAGUUGGACAGAUUGUCAGAUACAUCAUGAAGAAUGAAGCAAACUCAGACGCCCUUAAAGCCAUGAUUCACGAAAACAGCAUUGAUUCCGAUGGUCCUCCGCUCACCCCCACCUCCCCCAGCACCCCAACCCCUCCGAUGACUCCCGUAUCGCCGGGGGCACCUCCGGGAGCCGCCAAGCACACCUGCAGCCACCUGCACACCAUCGGGGGCCCGGGCGGCCACAAGAACAUCUGCACCCGCUGCAGCCAGAAGAAAUGGCCGCUGAUGAGGAAGCCGUCGGCCCGGAAGUCAGAGUACCGGCGCAGUCACCACGGAGAGGUCACGGUGCUGGCUGUGGGCAGGUUCCGGGUGACAAAGUGUGAAAAAUUAGCGAGAGAUCGACGGACUCUGCUAAUAACAGACUCCAACGGGAGCGUCCCGACAUCACCCACGGAGACGGAGCCCAAGAGCCGAACGACGUCCGAGUCCCAACAGGAGCAGACGGAGAAAUGAUCGAAGUCCAGCUCGCCAAAGAGAGAAGAAGCAACAUGUGGACACUUUUUAAACUCAAAAUGAGAACAACGAACAUCAGCGCAGCAGGAAUGUGUAGUUCCAGGAAUCGUUGCUUCACUCAGAGAGAAACUUCUGAUGACGAUGGUGGUUAUUUUACAAAGUAGAAGGGGGUAAGGUGUGUUUGUUGGAACUACACCCCGUUAUCCACCAAUGGAAUGGAUUUACAGCAGUGCCUUGAUCGGUGGCAUUAAAAGCAGGGCAGCUUCUUGAUGCUAUGAUUGGAGCGUGAACCAUUUCCUCCCCUAAUGGUCCUAUUACUCAACAUGUCGAUGUGGUCCAGGAUGUAUGUACAUAUGUUUUUAUAUAUGAUAGUAUGAAAGAGUUUUUGCAUGUUAUCGGUUGGUUACUACACCCAAGGAUGAGGUACAGCCAGUCUGAGAUGAAGGUGGAGGUUGUCAUUUCCAAACAGGAAGGAGGAACAACCUGAUACGGUGGUCGCACUGCCAGGAAAGUAGACUGGAACAUUAGCAGAUGUGAUUAAAAACUAAAGUUAUCACAUCCUGUGAUGGCAUUGAUCAUGAUGUGAAAGUGUGCCAUGUGUUGUCGGGAUGAUUAAGCGUCCUCACGCUGCAUGUUUUUCUGCUACUUUUCCAAUCUGAUAAUCUUGUCUUCGUGUUCUUUCAGUCUGAUCUCUAAUAAAGAAGUUGCAGUAUUCUGGGUCGAGCAACAAAUCAGUUGCUCUAAAAUUCAAACAGAGGCUGCUCUCUAAAUGUUUUAUGUUAAAUUGACAGGAAUUGUAAUUGUUUUGAGCGAGCACAACAAGCUCUGAACACUAUACUGACAUAUUGUUGCCAUUUUGUACACAUUCUGCAGAAAAAGUUCAACAUUAACGUUCAUGUCCCGUCAUGAUAAAUGAACUGAACCGAGCGUUUACUCUCCUUUUAACUCUGUUUUGGUCUCCACCAGCUCCUGAAAGAAGUGCCCAGCUCUUUACCUGAAUAUUCAGUAUCGUAUUUUUGAAGAAAAAUCGCUGCCUUCUGUGUACAAAAUGAGACUCUGAGAACGAAAUGAGUGAAUCAAAUGAAAAUAUUAAAGUUCCAGGCUAUAAACGAUGAAGUCAAAGAUGCUGAAAUGUUGCACAGAGUUGAAAAGAUGUGGGAAGUUGGCUGGAAUUAGAGGUGUUUUGUACCAGGAGGGGGAUAAUAUUGCAUUAGCAGGGCAUCUAAAUCACAUUUAGAAACAUUAAGGGAAACAUUUUGACCUCCUAAACCUCCUUUUAAAAAAAAAAAAAAAAAAAAAAUUGCUCAUAGAUUUUAUCUGAGACUCUUUGUGUUCAUCUACUAAAGCCACAUGCAGCUGCCUAUUGUAAUUAAUCAUGGAUUUAUCAUAUUGUAGCUGCCUUUAUAUUCAUCAUCAUUGUGCAAAGUUGUCAGGAGCAGAUACUGUACAAAUGAUUUAAUCCAUUAUGGAUUAUGUUAUCUAUCAUUUGGCCCGCCAGGAUGUAAAGCCUUAUUAUUUUCUAACGAGAUGUGACUUUCUGAGCGGCCAGAUGGUAGGCACUGUCAUUUACAAAGUGUUUACAGCAUGAAGACUCAUUUGUUGUGGCAUGCAAAGCACUGAGUGAUUCAGAAAUAAGGGUUUGGUCUGUAUGUUACCUCCAGGAAUAUGUGUGUAUGUGUGUGUGUGCUGACAUUAAAAUAUUUCUGAAUUUCCACUGUUAAGUGAAGCUAAACCGAAUAUUUGUGGCCGUGCUAGCUUAAAAUUCAGGAAAUGGGCCAAACGCCUGUAUUGGUUUGAUAUGAAUCAUCUGUUUAAGCUUUUGUCUUUGACCAAAAUUAAAACUGUAAUAAAUAAAUUGCAGGAAGCUGUUA